UCCAGGGCAAGAAUCAGACAGAUAAAACCAAGCUCUCUAAAGUAUUAGUCUUGUUUGUUGACUUCCCGCCUUGCUGUACUGCAAUUUUUAAAAAGAAGAGGAUGAGAGGCCCUUCUAUUGCCUCACUGACAGGACUGAUAAUGAUGGCCGCUUGCACCCAGUUUCUCAACGCGUCAGACAUCUGCAGUGGAGAGCUGGCUCAAUUGCGGGAGCAGGAGCAGCUUUUGAAGAGAGAGCUUCAGAAACAGGAGCUCCUCCUACGCAGAUUACAGCUGAUGAGCCAACAGGACGACAUGAACAAUCCCAGAUCUGAACAGGUCCAGGACACCCAGUACACAGACUGCUCCCAGGUCUACAGUUCGGGCUUUAAAUCCAGUGGUCUGUAUCGGAUCAAGCCCAGUGGGAGCCCCUCAGCGGUCAAAGUCUACUGUGAUAUGACUGAAGGAGGAGGCUGGACUGUCCUGCAGAGACGGAUCAAUGGCACAGAGACAUUUAACAGGUCGUGGACAGAGUAUAAGGAUGGCUUUGGAGACUUGAAUGCAGAAUUUUGGCUUGGAAAUGACAACCUGCAUUUCCUCACAACACAAGGGAAUUAUUCAGUGAAGAUCAACUUGGAAGACUUUGAUGGCCACCAGCGCUAUGCUGAGUACAAGAACUUCCAAGUAGCAAAUGAAAAGGAUUACUACCGCCUUACCUUCGGAGACUAUGUUGGUACUGCUGGGGAUGCUUUGACUGGAAGCUACCAGGUUCCUGAGGCCAAAUGGGCAGGUCACCAGAGUAUGAAAUUCAGCACCUACGACCGGGACAAUGACAACUACAGGGGCAACUGUGCUCAGGAAGACAAAGGAGGCUGGUGGUUCAACAAAUGCCACUUGGCCAAUCUCAAUGGCUUAUACUAUCCCAACGGACACUACAGUGCUUUGACAGAUGAUGGUAUGGUCUGGUACCCUUGGAGAGGGUGGUGGUACUCACUGAAGACCAGUGUCAUGAAGCUGAGACCUGUAGACUACAAAACUGGUCUCACUAAUGACCAGAUUAGAGUUUCUCUUUAGCAAAUGAUCAAUAAAUAAAAAAAUAAAAACUUUGCAUUUAAAAAUAUUUUUUGAAUAUUUAAAAUUGCAAUGAUUAUCUCCUGACAGAACAUAAGUAUUCUGUAUUAUACUUGUGUGUUGGCAAAGUAGAGAAACCUAAAUAUUUGACAAAGCACUUUUUAAGAGGUCAAUAAAAGGGUAAACAUUACAUGGGAAGAGUGAAGGUAAACAGAAGCUGAGUUGCAUACAUAAUACUCACAAGUAGGAGAUAAAAACAAGGACCUGUAAAAGUUUUGAUGGGUUUUGGAGACUUGAAUGUUGCGAGAGGAAGUCGCAUCCAGGGGUCUGUUUUGAAGGCACGAAAGGAAGUCUGAUGUCAGUGCUACAGACAAGUAAUGGUAGAAACAAUCUGGAGACAUCACAUAGCUGCCAUUGACUGAACAGGUGUAUUUGAUCUGUAUAACAUAUAGUUACAUAUAGAUAGUGGUUUAUUAUCUUAUUUGAAAACUACCGUGUCAAUGAGUGUAAUCUGAUCACUCCAGGGACUCAUCAAAAAAUGAUCAUAAAAUGUAUUUGCAAAUAAAUCCAUAUAAAAUAAAGUGGAUUGCAUUCAAUGA